AUGCCACGCCAUGCCGAUGCAUCGGGAGAGGUCAAACCCGAUGCGCCCUCAUCAACCCUGGAGGCGCUGCGGAGGCCAUCCGUCCCGCGACGACGCUCCAUCUUCGCGAUCCCCGCGCCAGUGAAGCAGCUCUUCAAUCGGUUUCCGCUGGCAAUGUAUGAUGCGAACGAGUUGCCAUUAAGCGCUCCCCGAAGUCGGGAGUUGCUGCGGCUUUAUGUGUUUGCGGACGGCGGAGGGGACGGCUUGGAGGUGGUGUCGUUUAAUCCGAGCUGUCUGAAAUAUCAGGCAUAUCUUCGCUUUCGCAAUAUUCAAUUCCGGGUGGUAUCGUCCUCGAACCAUGCGUCGCCGUCCGGGUCACUCCCUUUUCUACUGCCAAAAUCGGCGGGGACAUCAGGAGAUUCGCAGUCGUUGGAUCCGAUUCCUGGAAACAAGCUGGCCAAAUGGGCAGAUGGCCAGGAAUCCAAAUUCGAAGAGCCAUCGGACCCGCGAUCCGAUGCGUAUAUGGCGCUGGUUGACCAUUCAAUCAGAAGAGCAUGGUUAUAUGCGCUCUACCUCACCUCGAAUUUCCGAUCCGUCAUCUGGCCGCUCUACAUCCUCCCCACCUCCUCCAACUCCCUAGUCCGCUGGUCCAUCGGCUACGACCUCCGCAAAGCCGCCGAAGCUGAGCUCCUUAAAUUCUCCCCCACCAUCGACGCGGAUUUAUUAUACCUGGAAGCCCGGGACGCGUUCGAAUCGCUCGACGGCAUCCUUGGAUCCGAUACCUGGUUCUUCGGCGCAAAGGAACCAGGGCUCCUCGAUGCGGCGGUAUUCGCUUACACGAAUUUCCUGCUGGAUCCAAACUAUGGGAGCGGGUGGACGGAUGAUUGGUUGGUAGGAGCGCUGGAAGGGAGAGAUGGGUUGCGGAGGCAUCGAGAGCAGAUUCGGGAGCAGUAUUUCGUGGUCAGCUGA